AUCUACAAAUAAAGAAGAAGAAAAAGUAAGUAAUAGGACAAUUCAUCGUUAAGUUGUCUUCCACCUCCUCCUCCAUUCUUCCAACUUCUCAAGUUUUCUCCUAUUAUAAAUAAAAGGGAGAAAAAAGAAGAAGAAAAAGUUGAAGGAGGAGAAAGAAUAUACUGAAUAAUCUAAAUUGAUCCAAAUCUUAAUUUACACAAACAUCAAAUACCAUAAUGUCUGAAAAUUCUUCAAAUAAUGGUACCCUUCCAACAUCCACCCAACCAGCACCACCUCCCACCACCACUCAUUCCGCCAGAAAACCCCCACGUCCACCGCUGCCCCGACCACCACAACCACAACCACAACCGCCACCACCUCCAUCAACCAGAUCCGACACAAAAGCCACGCGCCGCCCAUGGCGCGUGUUCUUCGACUACACCCUUAUCUCUCUUCCUUACAAUUACUCCGAAGCUAUGUCGCGGGUGAGGCGGAAUCUCAAUUACUUCCGUAUUAAUUACGCGAUGAUAAUCCUGGUUAUUCUUUUUCUCAGCCUCGUUUAUCACCCCAUUUCGAUGAUUGUGUUCUUGGCGAUUUCGUUAGCUUGGUUGUACUAUUUCCGUGAAGAGACGAUUGUGAUUUUGGGGACCCAUUUGGAUGAUCGUCUUGUUUUGGUUGGGUUAGGGUUGGUUACUGUUGUUGCUUUAGCGAUUACUAAUGUGGGUCUUAAUGUGUUGGUUGCCUUGAUUAUUGGGUCCUUCGUUUUGGGUCUACACGGGGCUUUAAGGGGGACUGAGGAUUUGUUCUUGGAUGAAAAUGAGGCUGCUGAAGGUGGGUUGCUUUCGGUUGUUAGUGAAGAACAAAUCAGGCCUAGUUACAGAUAAUGCAUUUUAUGGGAAGUGGAAAAGAACAGAUUUUGUUGAUUUUUAAUUGUUCUUGGAUUAUAUUGGAUGAAAUGCGGGUUCUUGGAGAUGUUUUGUUGGUAAUUUUGGGUUGCUUAGUGGUUGCAAAGUGCAAUGUGUGAAGGGACAACUCUAAUUUUAGAGCAGAUAUGUUGCUUGGAGGUGUUCUCUAUAGAUAUUCAAAGAAUCGAGUGUCAUAUUGCUUGCCCAGAUUUUGUCGACUGCAGACAGCAGAGGAAUAUUCAUACUGUCACCACAAUGAUCAACAAACUGCUACUAAACAUUAAAGGCGGCCUUGAUGAAAUCCUGCUCCAUUUGUGUUGAGCUUCAGGAAAGCUUUAAUGUCCAAGUGAAACGUUACGUCGUCGUAUUCAUAGACCAUUUUAACUUUAGUUUCAGCACCUGUGGCUGUAUUUUUACCUGUAUAAAUGUUGUCUCUCGUUGCAUUAACAAUCUUUGUAUUAUAAC